GCAAAUUUUGGAAAGUGGAAUCUAGCAAACUACGUGCAGUAGAACACAGUAUUUAACUCCAAAACUGUGAAGAGCUGAAAACUCAAGGAUAUGCAGGUUUGCAGCAUGGAGGAACUCUAAUUGAAAGAAAUACUGAGACAAGGCCCCUUUCAACAUGGAGACUGUUUUAUUUGAAGGGGAACCCGACAGAACUUCGAAUCAUGGUGAGAUCAAAGACUCUCAUGGACCAUCAACUGUGGUAACAAACAGUGAUGAAUCACACCUUCUGACUCCAGGAAAGAUGAGCCAGCGCCAGGGGAAAGAAGCACAUCUCACUCCAACCAAAGAUCUACUCCAGCCGACGCUCAGUCCAGGAACUGUCCACAGCCAUGGUUUUGAUAGAGGGAAAGAUGAUGUGUCACAAAGUAAAGAAGAUUCAGCACAUUCAAUGUCAAAAAGCAAGUCUGAAUCCAAGCUUUACAAUGGCUCUGAUAAGGACAUCUCCUCUACUUCAAGCAAGCUCACAAAAAAGGAGUCUCUUAAGGUUCAAAAGAAAAAUUACAGGGAAGAGAAGAAGAGAGCUACGAAAGAAUUGCUUAGCACAAUCACAGACCCAUCAGUUAUUGUUAUGGCCGACUGGCUGAAGAUUCGUGGUACAUUGAAAAGCUGGACCAAACUGUGGUGUGUGCUGAAACCAGGAGUAUUGCUCAUUUACAAAACCCCCAAAAAUGGCCAGUGGGUGGGAACAGUGCUCCUGAAUGCUUGUGAACUCAUUGAGCGGCCUUCCAAAAAAGAUGGCUUUUGUUUCAAACUUUUCCAUCCCUUGGAGCAGUCCAUCUGGGCUGUUAAGGGUCCUAAAGGUGAAGCGGUUGGUUCUAUAACUCAGCCGUUACCCGGCAGUUAUUUGAUCAUCCGAGCAGCUUCAGAAUCAGAUGGCAGGUGUUGGAUGGAUGCUUUGGAACUGGCUUUGAAAUGUUCCGGUCUGCUUAAACGUACGAUGAUUAGAGAAGGUAAAGAGCAUGACUUGAACUCUUCAGCAGAGAGCACACAUGUUUCUCUCUAUGGCUUAUUGCGUGCUAACAACUUACACAGUGCAGAAAGCUUUCCAUUAAAUGAUAGUGAAAUUGAAAGGCAUCACUUUAAAGAUCAAGAUGUGUACUCAGACAAAUCUGAUAAGGAAAAUGAUCAUGAUCAUGAUGAGUCUGAUAAUGAUGGCCUGGGGAAAAGUGAAGAAAGUGACACUGACACAUCAGAGCGACAGGAUGACUCUUACGUUGAUCCAGAACCUGUUGAUCUUAUCAGGGAAACUACCUAUAUGGAACAGAUUCAUGAAGAACUUGGAGAGGCAGGGGAGGCUUGUCAAACAGAAACAGUGUCAGAGGAGAACAAAAGCCUGAUCUGGAUGCUGUUGAAACAAGUCCGUCCAGGAAUGGACCUCUCCAAGGUUGUACUGCCUACGUUUAUCUUGGAACCUCGUUCUUUCUUGGACAAACUCUCUGAUUACUACUAUCAUGCAGACUUCUUGUCUGAGGCUGCUCUUGAAGAGAAUGCUUACAAUCGUAUGAAGAAAGUAGUGAAAUGGUAUUUGUCAGGAUUCUACAAAAAGCCAAAGGGACUAAAGAAACCAUACAAUCCUAUACUUGGUGAGACUUUCCGCUGCAUGUGGAUUCAUCCCAGGACAAACAGCAAGACUUUCUAUAUUGCUGAACAGGUGUCUCAUCACCCCCCAGUAUCUGCCUUCUAUGUUAGCAACCGAAAGGAUGGGUUUUGCCUUAGUGGUAGUAUCCUGGCCAAAUCCAAGUUCUAUGGGAAUUCAUUAUCUGCCAUAUUGGAUGGAGACGGUCGACUAAUGUUCCUGAAUAGGGGAGAAGAUUAUGUAAUGACCAUGCCAUAUGCACAUUGUAAAGGAAUUCUUUAUGGCACAAUGACUUUAGAGCUUGGGGGAACUGUCAACAUUGCAUGUGAGAAAACUGGAUACAGUGCAACAAUUGAAUUCAAACUAAAGCCAUUUUUGGGCAACAAUGACAGUGUUAAUCAAAUAUCAGGGAAAAUUAAACUGGGCAAAGAAGUUCUGGCUACUUUGGAGGGCCACUGGGACAGUGAAAUUAUUAUUAGCGACAAAAAGACAGAUGUUUCAGAGACCUUCUGGAAUCCAACAUCUGAGAUCAGGCAGCGCAGAUUAACAAGAUACACAGUGAAAUUUGACGAGCAAGAUGACUUUGAGUCAGAGAAACUUUGGCAACAGGUGACUCGAGCUAUAACCAGCAAAGAUCAGACAGAAGCUACUAAUGAGAAAUGUGUUCUGGAGGAUGCUCAGAGAAAGGCUGUCAAAGAAAGGAAACUGAAGGGUGAAGAGUGGACCUGCAAACUGUUUGAACAGGAUUCAAUCACAGGGGAAUGGCACUACAAAUAUGCAGAAACCAGACCAUGGGAUCCACUGAAUGAUAUGAUACAGUUUGAAAAAGAUGGUGCCAUCCAAACAAAAGUCAGGCAUCGGACACCAGUGGUUAGUGUUCCAAAAAUAAAACGAAAGCCAACCAGUCAGUCGAAGAAAGGAGAGUGUGGAUUCUCUUCCCCAGAACCUGAUAACCAGGACUCCUCUGGAAGUGAAGCACAACUACUAAAGCAUAAUACAAGAAUCAGAAAGAAGGGGGCAGACCUUGGUGAACUACAAAGUGCCAUUGAAUCUAUAAAAGAAACACAAGAAGACAUUAAGAGGGAUAUUAUGGCUCUACGGAACCGUGUUGCUUCAAAUUCACCACCACUGGAAAACAAUUUCUUGCAGCUUAAGCACUAUGUCUUUAUUUUUCUCAUGGUUCUGGUGCAACUUAUCAUCAAUUUCGUGUUCAAAUAGAAGGUCUGAACAAAAGACUCUUUGAACUGGAAUGCUCAUAUACUUACUGGGACCAUAUUUUAAGUUGGUUUGGACUUU